AUGGAAUAUAAAGAAAAGCCGGAGGGGCCAUUUAUAGUCUCCUUUUACGUUACAAAUUUUACUUCAUCGGAUGAAUCAUUUGCAUACACAAUUAAAUUAACAGAUUUUUAUAACAACAAUUAUGAGUCAAAUAUAAUAGAUAAAAAUAAUUCAAGGAAGAUAAACUUUUCCAGUAACUAUAUCGAAAUAGAUGAAAAUAGUGCACUAAAUGACGUUAUUGAAAAGUCUAUAAGUCUUGAUAUUUUUGUAAACAGUAAUGAUAAUAUUAUAUGUAUUGGGAAAGAGGAUAUAAAACUUUUCCCUUUUUUACAUGACCAAUUAACAAUAACAAAGGAUGUAAUCAUAUCAUAUAAAUGCCAAGAAAAAUCUUCGGAUCAAGCUUCUCAAUAUAAUGAGGAAAAUAAAAAUAGUGAAAAAGAAGAUGAUACACAAGAUGGGGAAAAAAAGAAAAAAAAAAAAAAAAAAAAAAAUAGUUCAAAAAAUAAGACACCAAAACAAGAACAAUUAUUAACACAAAAUAUUGAUGCCAGGUUUUGUAUAACCUUAAAUAUAAAUACCUUGAUCGGAGAGUACGCAGGAAGAUUGAACUACAACAUCAUGAACAUGAAGGUCGAUGGCGUAUUCAAUGUUCAAAAUAAUUUAGAAGACAAACUUUUGAAAAAAAACUCUUUAUCUUUUCAAGUAUCAUUUUUGGAUUUGUGUUUAAAUGAUGGGAAACUUGUAAAAGAUGAAGAAUCUGAUAAAUGGAAAAUCGUUUGGAAUCAAAAUAGCGUAUACAAAUAUAGAAAUGUAAAGGAAACAGAAUAUAUAUACAACUUUUUGUUAUGCGAGACGUUUAAUAUUAAUGCAUACUUACUCUGCUCUAACGAUGGAAAACGCCAAAACGCAAACGGCGUAGUUGAGGAUUUAAGUGGAAAAUUUGAAGUUAAUGCCACAGAUUUAGUAUCAAACAGAGUGAUAAACACAAAAUAUAAAUUACAACUCUUGGGGAAUAGUAAAAAACCCGAAAGAGAUACCAAGGAAGAUAAAGAUGAAAAGAAAGAUGAAAAGAAAAAUGAAAAAACUUAUAUUUUUUCCAACUCUUACAUAUUAUUAACAAUCCAAUUUUAUAAGCCUUUUCUGAAACGGCAAUCGAUUGAAAGUCCCCUAAAUUUAGACUGCUUUAAAAAUUUAGCAAUUCAAAAUGCAAAGGAUGUGGUUGAUAAAAAAAAUGAAAACAUCAGUGGAUUGUUUAACAAUUACAUUUUGAAUGGCAUCGAAUUAAUAAAUGCCGAAAUAGACAAGCUCGGAAAAGAUGAACAUAUAAAAAUUUAUAAAAUGUCACAAGAAUAUUUUAACUUUUUAAAUAAUUUGAAAGAAAAUGAAAAAUAUAUUAACCUAUACAACAACAUUAAAAAUGUCAUGAUACAAAUAAUGUAUGAAUUAAUAAAUAAAAAUAUUUACAAAAAUUUUAAUUUAAACGAUUAUGCAAGCUUUAAAGAAGGAUUCCAAGAAGAGAGUAUGACAAAUAACGACAAUUCAAAUCAAGACAAUAAAGAAAAAAAAAAUAUGACACAAGAAAAAGUUCAAGGUUGUGAUAACAAAAAUAACAGUAUUGACUGUAAAAGCUAUAUGUCUGAUGAAAAUAUAAAUUAUAUAUAUACCCAACUAUUUAAUAUAAUGACUGAAUCAUGUAAUGUUAUUAUAAAUAGCUAUUUUGAAAAAAAAGAAGAUAUUAACAACAUUUCGAUAAAAGAAAUAAAAAAUAAAAAUAAUAUAAAAGAUAUAGAAAAAUAUUUAUUUACAAUAUUUUGUGAAAAUGAAUUUUUAUUAAAAAAUAAAAAAAAUGAAAAUUUUGCUGAAGCUAUAUUAAUUAUACUUUUUAAAAAAAUCUACUCAUUUUAUGAUUAUAAAAAAAAGGAUAUGGAAAUUUUGGAAAACCAUAAAUAUAAUCAUAUUAUUAAUAUUAUUGAAAAUAUUUCAGAAGAGGAAUUAGAGGGAAUAAAUAAGUCUACCCAAAAUAUAGACCAGUCAUACAUCUAUAAUAAAAUGGAAGAAAAAGAAACAAAAAAAUAUUUCGCUAACAAUACUAAUUAUAUAAAAGGAUUAAUAUCAUCAAUAUACACCAAAAACCAAAAUAAAAAUAAUUGUAAUCCGUAUUUAAUUGAUUAUGUUGAAAAUUAUGACCAAGACAUGCACACAAAAGGAGAAAGUGAAAUAUACAAAGACAAUGACAAAGUUGAAGAUAUAAUAUCAAUAUUUAAUUUGGAACAAAAUAAAGAAAUAAAAAAUAUAUUCACAUAUAUAAUAUAUAAAUACUCAAAAAUUUUAUUAAUAACAAAUAAUAUAAAUCAAUCCGUUAAGCAAAAUAAUGAACAAGAACAACAAGCCAAGUAUACAGAAUAUUCUACACAAAAUAAAAAAAACUCAAUAAGUACACCUAAUUAUACUUUAAAUAAUUUGGAAUAUAAUGAUUGUUUUGAAUAUCAUGCCAAUUAUGAUUCAUACCAAAAGUAUAUUCAACCUCAUAAAGUUCAGUCAGCCAUUUUAUCACUCUCCACCUAUAUACAGCUCACCAAUUUUGAAAAUAUAGAAAGCAUUUUGAUGCUAAGUCUACUAUAUUUAAAUACACAGAAAUAUGAUGAAGCAAUAGAGAUUGCAAAUUAUCUUAUAGAAAUUCUUCAAACAAAUAAAUCAGAAGAUAAAAACAAAGAAGAAAUGGAUAUGAAAAGUCUAUAUUUGCAUAGUUCAUUUAACUAUAACAAUAUAUUUGUGAGUAAAGAAAUAUGUAUAUAUAUAAAAGCAAUUUGCUAUUUUUUCAAGCGUAAUUAUAUAUAUUAUUACAUUAACAUGAAUAUAAUUUUAAAUACAAAUGAAAAUGUAAUUCAAAAAGAAAUUGAAAAAAAUUCCAACUUUUUUAAGAAUGAAAAAUUUCAAAAAACAACUUAUCCAUAUGUGUAUGCUAAUACCAGCGAACAAAAUGAACUGAAUGAAAUAAAUUUACAAAAAGUCGAAAAAAAUGAUAAAAAAAAUCUUAAGAAGAAAAAAAAUAAAGACAAAGAAGAUUGUAGUACUGAAAAGAAAAAUCCAAACGAAAAUACUAAAGAGCAAAAAGAUGAUACAUCCAAAAGGUUAGACCAAGACAAUGAAAAUGUAGACAAUAGAAAUGAGUAUGAUUCAAAAAAUAAUCCAACCAUAUUGAAUAAUAUUGAAAAAGAAAAAGAAAAAAAAACAUCAAAAAAAAAGGAAGAAAAUUUAUCUGUUGUUAAAAAAAUUACAAUAAAUUGUUCUGAAGUUAAUAUAAAUGAUAUACCAUUGAAAGAUAAGUUUAUGAUAUUAUUUCUUAUAUAUUGUCUAAAUUUUAAUAUUUUAAAUAUUGUUAUGUAUAUCUAUGAAAAUAAUAAAAUGUUUUUAUCUGACGUAGCAUUGAAAACGUCAUUGUAUAGACAAUUAAUUAUUAGAUUAUUUUUUUCUCUAAAAGAUUUUACAAAAUGUAUUAAAAUUAUUGAUGAAACAAAAGAAUAUAAUAACAAUUUAGACAUUUUGUAUAUUUAUGCAGAAUCAUUAUAUAAAUUAAAAGACUAUAAAAAGUCGAUUACAUAUUUUAAAGAAUAUUUAGAUUUAUGUGUUCAUGACAAUAUAAGAGCAAGAAUAUAUAUACAGUUAAGCAAAGCAUAUAUUUGUUUAAAUCAAUAUGAAGACUCUAAAACCAUGAUUAAAAACUCUUUGGAAAUAAAUAAAACAAGUUAUGCAUAUUUAUAUUUUUCUUAUUAUUAUUUCAAAAAAAAAAAAUAUAUAUAUGCAUACAAGUUGUUAUAUAAAUCCAAUGAAAUCAAUAUUUUUAAUCAUAAAAUAUGGGCAUCCCUAUCUAUUAUAUUACUACAUUUAAAUAUGAAGAAUGAAGCAGAUAAAUGCUUAAAUAAUUUCAUUAAAAUGAAAAAGUAUAAAAAAGAAACAGUUAUGGAAAUAAUUGAAGCAUACAAAGAACUUGGUUAUGAAGCAAGUGAAAAACAAUUGUUAAAUUUUUUGUCUCAACAAAUAAAUGAAAAUUGUGGAGAAUAG